AUUUGUCAUUUCUUUUCAUAAAACGGAGAAAGUAAAGAACCAUUGAAGGAAGGUCAUAAUGCCUUUCGGUUUGAUCUCUGCUUGGAACAAGCGCCGGAGAAGCAAGUCCCACGAUCACUCCGACCCUUGUAUCUUCCUUUUUAACAUCUUAUCUACUCGUUUUUCAGGGGUUUAUAAGCCUGCGGAGUAUUGGCAGCUUGAAGAUCAAACACCAAGACCAACGAAACGACGCCAUGGAUCAUCAGUUUUCACGUUCAGGGAAAUGGAAGAGGCAACACGUUCAUUCAGCGACGAGAAUUUUCUGGGAAAAGGAGGUUUUGGCCGAGUAUACCGAGGCAUUUUGCGAUCAGGAGAGAUUGUAGCUAUCAAGAAAAUGGAGCUGCCGGCAUUUAAAGAAGCCGAGGGAGAAAGGGAAUUCCGUGUAGAAGUUGAUAUAUUGAGCAGACUUGAUCACCCAAAUCUGGUUUCCUUGAUAGGCUACUGUGCUGAUGGGAAGGAUCGGUUUCUUGUAUAUGAAUAUAUGAAAAAUGGGAAUUUGCAAGAUUGUUUAAAUGGAAUUGGAGAAGCAAAAAUGGAUUGGCCUCUGAGACUCAAAGUGGCACUUGGAGCUGCAAAGGGACUUGCUUAUCUCCAUUCAGGUUCUGAUGUUGGCAUACCAAUUGUACAUAGAGAUUUCAAAUCCACCAACAUUCUCUUGGAUACUAACUUUGAAGCAAAGAUAUCUGAUUUUGGGCUUGCCAAGUUAAUGCCUGAGGGUCAAGAGACCUAUGUGACUGCUAGGGUGCUUGGUACAUUUGGGUAUUUUGAUCCAGAGUACACAUCGACAGGGAAGCUCACUUUACAAAGUGAUGUUUAUGCGUUCGGAGUGGUUCUUCUGGAACUUUUGACCGGACGUCGAGCUGUGGAUAUGAGCCAGGGACCUUAUGAUCAAAACCUUGUACUACAGGUAAGGCACAUAUUAAACGAUAGGAAGAAGCUCCGAAAGGUGUUGGAUCCAGAGCUGGGUCGAAGCACAUACAUCAUGGAGUCGAUAGCCAUGUUUGCGAACCUUGCAUCGCGAUGCGUGAGAACCGAGAGCAGUGAGAGACCCUCAGUGGAAGAAUGUGUGAAAGAACUCCAACUGAUUAUCUAUACAAGUUCGAAAGGCUUGGGUGGGCGUACUCGUACUUUUAGAAAGGUCUAAGAAAGUAAAACAUUUCUAACUGCUCGGUAAAACUGUGUAUAUCACAAUAAACAUGCUCCAUCCUUCCUCCAAUAAUGGUUUCUUUUUGGAAG